GCGAGCGCAUGGCUCUGUUGUGGUGUUAUGAUGGGACAGACUCUUGUUUCCAGCAGGCUGUCAGGAUGUUCCAGAGGAAGAAGAAGAAGAAGAGGAGGCUGGAGAUCUCCACUCCUAGGAACUUCGAGCACAGGGUGCACACGUCCUUCGACCCGGUGCAGGGCUGUUUCGUGGGUCUGCCGCCUCAAUGGCAAAGCCUCAUAGACACGCUCCGGAGACCCAAACCUGUGGUGGAUCCCUCCAGCGUCACGCGGGUGCAGCUCAAACCGCAGAAGAGGAUCGUUCGUGGCAGUUUCAUCGGACAUGAGGACUACAUUUCUGCAGCGAUCGCUCAGAUGAAUCGACUCUCUGUUACAAGCUCGAACUCGUUAAGGAGAACCAGCCCGUCUUUAAGGAAAAGAGCCCAGUCUCUGGGCCGUCUGGGUGAGGUAGCCGAAGGAGAGACUUAUGAAUAUCAGGAGCUCAAUGAGGCCAAACGGAGGAACAGGCAGCCGGGGUCAGACUGGCGCUCGAGAUCCCGACCGGUCCAGAGCGAGAGCGGAAGCCCACCGUCCGAAUCCAAGAACAGCUACACCAUAAACUCCACUGAGCCACGACCGAGAGCCAAAUCUAUGUUCAUGGGACAGCCAGUGCUGAUGCCCCGGGACAUUUUACUAGCACCUAGAACUGCUCCUGAAGGGCCUGGAAUUGAUCAAACAGACGGUAAACCCAACCAGAGGCCCGUAUCGUGUCUCUACAGCACCUACAGCGAAAACAACGGAGCGAGACUGAACUCAGAUCAGCCCAAGAUAGAGACGCCGAGGAGGCCUCAGUCCACAUACAACUUCAAGGUGAAUUCACCGAGUUUCCCAGCCAUUUACAAACCCAACGGCACUAGCAGUCAUAAACCAGACCCAGGAGUAAUCAACCAUCAAAACACACGGCGUUCCUCCAGCGACCUGAUGUCUCCCAUCCAAACCCCUGAGACUCCAGCCUCGGUUCCUCUGACGCAGGACAGCCCGUCUCAGCCCAGACCCGCUCCGACCGGCUCGCCCGCGGCCCCCGGCGGAGCCUCGUCUCCCAGCCUCAGAGCGGCCCAGACGCCCAGCAGCGGCCCCGAGAUGCCCGGAGUCACCCACCAGCAGUUCAGAGCCGCGCUGCAGAUGGUGGUGGACAACGGCGAUCCUCGCUUGUAUCUGGAGAACUUCGUGAAGAUCGGCGAGGGCUCCACGGGCGUGGUGUGCAUCGCCCGAGAGAAGCACAGCGGGCGGCAGGUUGCCGUCAAGAUGAUGGACCUCCGGAAGCAGCAGAGGAGAGAACUGCUCUUCAAUGAAGUGGUUAUCAUGCGAGAUUACAGGCAUAAAAACGUGGUGGAGAUGUACAAGAGUGCUUUGGUGGGUGAAGAGCUCUGGGUCAUCAUGGAGUACCUGCAGGGCGGCGCUCUGACCAACAUCGUCUCAGAAACCAGGCUAACGGAGGAGCAGAUAGCUACAGUGUGUGAAGCUGUUCUCCAGGCUCUCUGUUAUCUUCACGCUCAGGGCGUCAUUCACAGAGACAUCAAGAGCGACUCCAUCUUACUCACGCUGGACGGCCGGGUCAAACUGUCCGACUUUGGGUUCUGCGCUCAGAUCAGCAAAGACAUCCCGAAGAGAAAGUCGUUAGUCGGGACUCCGUACUGGAUGGCGCCGGAAGUGGUUUCAAAGACCCCCUACGGCACUGAGGUGGACAUGUGGUCUCUGGGGAUCAUGGUGGUGGAGAUGAUCGAUGGAGAACCUCCGUAUUUCAGCGAGACGCCGAUAGCAGCGAUGAAGAGACUGCGAGACGAGCCGGCGCCGACCGCCAGAAACAUCAGCAGGAUCUCUCCCGUCCUGAGGGACUUUCUGGACUCGAUGUUGACGUGUGAUCCGCUGAAGCGAGCGAGCGCCGGAGAUCUGCUCCAGCAUCCCUUCAUGCUGCAGGCCACUUCUCCUCGCUGUCUGGUGCCGCUGGUGGAGCAAUACCGCAAACGCAUGUCGCGAUGCUGACCUUUAGCACUUUAGAGACUGUGAACCUUCCUGAUCUACUGGAACAACCCUGAGCUGGACUGCUGACGUUCCUCUGCAGAACCUCAGGGAGGAGGACAGGAGCAAUUCACCCCAAACCCAUCAUUCUGUCAGCAUUUAUUCCUCUUAUUCUAAUGCAUCUGCACAGGACCUUUGACAUUGUGUGCCGUGCGUAAUAUAGACUGUGCUGAUGGGUUUAUUAAAUCCAUCUGAUGAUUGUUCACGAUGUAUGGAAGCCUGUUUCUGCUCCAGGACGAGGAAUUAAAAGGUAAUUGUGACCUUAUUUCUCACAAUUCUGAGAAAAGUAAAAAAUAAAAAUGGAAUUGAGAUGUUAACUCAACAAAAAAAUGGUAAUUCUAAGAAAAGUAAAAAUUGCAAGAUAUUAACUUAGAAUUUUUUAAUUGUGUAAAGUCAGAAUUGGCGGUGAAAAGGUCAGAAUCAGAAAUGUGAGAAAAAAAAGUCUAUUACAAGAGAAAGUCAGAAUUGUGAGAUAUUAACUCAGAAUUGCAAGAAAUGUAGAAUUGCGAGAUAUGAACUAAGAAUUGUAAUCAAAUUUAAUUGCAAGAAAAAAGUCUGAAUUGCAAAAUAUAGUCAGAAUUGCAAGAAAAAAAAAUAGAAUUGUGAGAUAUAAAGUCAGAAUUGUGAGGAAAAAUGUAGAAUUGCGAGAUAUGAACUAAGAAUUGUAAUCAAAUUUAAUUUCAAGAAAAAAUUCUGAAUUGCAAGAAAAAAUGAAGAAUUGCGAGAUAUAAAGUCAGAAUUGUGAGGGAAAAAAACUGAAUUGUGAAAGCCUGAAUUGAGAGAAAAAAACUGAUUUGUAAGAUAUAAAGUCAGAAUUGUGAGAUAUGAACUAAGAAUUGUAAUAAAAAAAAUUAAUUGCAAGAAAAAAGUCUGAAUUGCAAAAUAUGAAGUCAGAAUUGCAAGAAAAAAAUUUGAAUUGUGAGAAAAAAAUCUGAAUUGUGAGAAAAACAGAAUUGCAAGAAAAAAUAAAGAAUUGCGAAGGAAGACGUGAGAAAAAAUUAGAAUUUUGAAGUGUGAGAUAUAAAAUCAGAAUUGCAAGAAAAAAAAUUGGAAUUGCGAGAUAUAAAGUCAGAAUUGCGAGGAAAAAUAGAAUUGCGAGAUAUAAACUCAGAAUUGUCAGAUUAAAAUCACAACCUUUUUUUUUUUUUUAUCCCGUGGCAGAAACAAGCAUCCAUAACAAUGAGACCAGAAACAUGAAUUAUGAAUCAUAUUGACUUUAAAAUGUAACUUUUAUUGCUGUAUAGCUUUGGAUAAAAGUAUCUGCUAAAUGAUGUUAAAUGUUAUAAUGAACGUGUCUACUGAAUGAAACUGAACUUGAGCUCUUAAAUGAUUUUUAUAAUUCAUAACUGUUGUUGCAAAUGUCAUAAAUUGCAUGUCAAAUCUGUUCCUCAUUUUUAAGCAUUAAAUUUACAAACUGUGUUUGA